GUUGAAGAAGACUCGCUGCGUCCUCAUGAGACUUCAAACACGGAAACUCGUCGAGGAAGUGUCUCUCUCUCUCUCUCUCUCUCUCUCUAUUUCUUCAGUUUUGGACUCACGCCGCUCCGAUGAGGAGCACCUGGACCAGGAGACGUACCGGUCCACAUCAGACCUGAACCAGCUAGUUUGACCAGGAGGACCCCGGUGGACUUCUGAGGACCUGAUGACCCGCAGACACCGACCUGAGCCGGCAGGAGAUCCGACAUUUCCAGGCUGCAGCGGGAAAGCUCUCAGUGGACGGCGUGCAGAUGUCCAGCUGUGAGCUGCAGGACACGAUGAGACGUCUGGGCUCAAACUCAGAGGAGCAAUCGCGCCUCACUGCUGCCCUCUCCUGUCUGAAGAGUGAUAAUGAAACAGGUUCCUGCAGCUCGGAGCGCUCACAGGACAGAGAUGCCUUCUCUCCCAUCAGCCCCGCCUCCAGCGUCUUCAGCCCCACCCUCCCCCUGCAGCCCACCACCAACCACGGCCGCUCCAUCUCCAUCUCAGUGGUGCCUUGCUCAGAGGAGCACCGGACGUACUUAUCAGCUGAGGAAAUGACGGACGCCUUCGCUCCUGAGCCGAGCACGCCUCCGCCCGGACGAGCCUCAAAGUCACGCACUGCCAAGUCCUCCCAGACACCCCCACCGCCUUCACGCAAACUGCUGCAGCUUUUCCCCAACAUCAACCUGACUUGGAGUAAGAGUCACGAGUCACAGCUGGCCAACCGCAUUGAGGAGCCCGCGGCUCACAAGGUCGGGAGGAAGAACAAGGUUUUGGCUGCGAUUCACAUCAACGGCUCAGGAAACCCUCCUGAAGACUCGGCCCUGCGCUCGCCUCCGCUGUCUGCACGGACAGUUGGCCCUGUCCCCUCGUCCGCCCCAUACAUGAUGACUGCACACCCCCCACUGCUGGACGGUGUGAGCGUGCACAGGAGCUCGCCGCAGACUCUGAGGAGAGACAUCGGCCUCGCCGUCACUCACAGGUUUUCCACAAAGUCGUGGCUCUCUCAGACGUGUCAGGUGUGUCGAAGGAGCAUGAUGUUUGGGGUCAAAUGCAAACACUGCAAGUUAAAGUGUCACAACAAAUGUACCAAAGACGCUCCCUCGUGUCGGAUCUCAUUCCUCACAUUGCCGAGGAUGCGGAGAGCAGAAUCGGUUCCAUCAGACAUUAAUAAUCGAAUCGAUCACUCAGCAGUGAUGCCGGUGCAGUUUGGCACUUUACCGAAAGCAAUCACAAAGAGGGAGCCCCCUCCUAGUUUAAACCAGUUGGACUCCAGCAGUAACCCGUCCUCAGCCACCUCCUCCACCCCCUCCUCCCCCGCACACUUCCAGCAGAGUAACCCCCCCAGCGUGAGCGCCACCCCCCCUCCCCAUUCGUCACCGCAGGGCUGCCGUGACGACAGCUUUCAUUUCCCAGAUGUUCCUGCUUCUUUACAUCCAGCUGUUCCACACGUCGGCAGCUGCUACGAGCCGGGAGGGUCACAGGAGGUCAUCACCGAGAGUCAGCUCACCACAGCAGAUAGAGGAGGGGAGAAUGCUGAGGAGGAGGACUCAACCAAUCAGAACAGCAGAACAAAGAGCGUCUCUCCUGAGGAGGGGGACGAGGACGGGCUAGAGGAUCUGCCUCCGUCAUCGAUAUGUCGCCGUGGGGCCGUCGGCCGCUGUAGGGGUCCGAUCUCCCGCAAGGCGAGUCAGACCAGCGUGUACCUGCAGGAGUGGGACAUCCCGUACGAGCAGCUGCAGCUGGGGGAGCUCAUCGGACAGGGUCGCUGGGGGAAGGUACACAAAGGACGCUGGCACGGCGAGGUGGCGAUUCGCCUGCUGGAGAUCGACGGGAACAACCAGGAUCACCUGAAAGUUUUCAAGAAGGAGGUGAUGAACUACAGGCAGACCAGACACGAGAACGUGGUGCUGUUCAUGGGCGCCUGCAUGGCCCCGCCUCAUCUCGCCAUCAUCACAAGCUUCUGUAAAGGUCUGACGCUGUACUCUGUCGUAAGAGAGAGAGGUCACAUGCUGGACAUCAACAAAAUCCGACAGAUCGCACAAGACAUCGUAAAGGGGAUGGGAUACCUGCACGCCAAAGACAUCGUUCACAAAGACCUGAAGUCCAAGAACAUUUUCUACGACACCAACAAGGUGGUGAUCACGGACUUCGGCCUGUUCGGGAUGUCAGGAGUGGUUCAGGAGGGCCGGAGGAAGAACGUCGUGCGGAUACCUCGCGGCUGGAUUUCGUACCUCGCUCCAGAGAUCGUUCAAAACAUGCGUCCAGAGGAGGGCGAGGAUCAGCUGCCGUUCUCCAAAGCUGCAGACAUUUACGCCUUUGGUACGAUCUGGUAUGAGCUGCAGGUAGGGGACUGGCCAAUCACUGACCUGCCUGUGGAGGCUAAAAUCUGGUUGGCGGGCAGCGGGGAAGGCAUUAAGAAGGUUCUAGCAGACGCCAAUCUAGGGAAAGAGGUCACGGACAUCCUCUCUGCCUGCUGGUCCUCCGAGGCCGACGGCAGGCCGACGUUCACUCUGCUGGCCGACAUGCUGGAGAGACUCCCCAAACUGAACCGCAGGCUGUCUCACCCCGGACACUUCUGGAAGACUACAGAGUAUGUAUCAUAGGACGAGGAGAAGAUUUAUUCAUCCUCAACGUUCAUCCAGCAGGAAGCCGCCUGCAGCAGCGUUCUUACAGACACUGAAAAAGGGAGUCAGGCAAAAGGAACCUGCAAACAUCAACGUCACGGAAGUGUUGUAAAUAAGAUGUGUAAAGAAAUGUGAAUAUUCAGACUUUGUCCUGCUGACUAUCUACUUUGAUAAUGACCUUCUUAAAUGUGACCUCUAGAUUAUAUUUUAGGAAAGAUCUAGUAAAGAUGUUUUCACACAUGCACUCCUGAAAAGCUCACCCUGACGAGGGCUUCGGACUAGUGCUUUGUUUUUAUCCAUUCCUUCUGCUCCUUUAUCUUAUUCCCUCAGACCUCUUCAUCCUGUUUCUCACCCUCCUCUUCUCUCUUUCUCUUCUCUCUGGUUUCUUCUUCUCCUUGGGCUGCCGACUGCUCCCGCCUGGUCCUGAUGGUCUGAACAUUCUGCUUCCUCUAUCUCCUCCGUUUGCUCGUCUCUUUCUGCUCGUCUUCACACACUGCCGGUGUCUGUCUCCUUGUCCUGAUAAAGGCUGUGGGAUCAUCAUCAUCAUCACUGUCUGAGAGACCACCAGGGCCUUCAUGCACACUGUCCUUUCAUGUACAAGUACUGCAGCUGAGAGCCGCACGGCGUCUUCAUACUUCAUUAUUAAACUGCAGCAGCUUCUUAGUACCUGAUGUGAUCUGGUUCUGCUUUCCCCAGCGGCUCCAGGUUCAGUGUAGACCUGAGUACCAGGUAGAAAGCAGACCUCUCUCAUUUAGUCUAACUUCAAGUAUUCACAACACUUCCAUCAAUCAGACAUUAAUAAACAAUCAAAGAGUUUAGGAGAACAAAGGGCUGGAAUGUUUGGUCACAGGUACGUGUGUGUGUGUGUGUGUGUGUGUGUGUGUGUGUGUGUGUGUGUGUGUGUGUGUGUGUGUGUGUGUGUGUGU